UAACACCAUUCGUGCGAACAAUGGGUUGUAUCCUUCGGGAACCCCAACCACAAGUUCAUUAACGUAGUUAAGUAAUUUGCGCCCUAAGCGGCUCACAGUAUUAAAACAACUCCUGGCAAUUUUGAAGACUGAAUAUGUAUCAUCCCAUAGCAUUUAACUAUACCUGCAAGUCUCUCUUGUAGGUCACACACCAUACUCCUACAGAUGAAUCCGUCGGCUAGCAGAAUAUGGGACAACCCUCCUCCUCCGGGAACAGAAGAAGAACUGUCCAAUACUUCCAGUAAAGUAGAAGGUUCGACGACCAGCGGGAGUCGUACUAUAGAUCGUAUCGAUCCCUACCUUAAAAGCCCCGAGUACAUUGACUUUGAAAAGAAACACCAAGAGACCAGCAAGUACCGAUCGAGAUCGAAAAGUCGUGAGAAACAUCAUAGAAGGAGACACUCACGCAGCAGAUCUAGAGACCGCCGCCACCGGCGGUCUCGAUCUCGGUCACACCGCAGACACAAACGCAAACGCAGCUCGUCGAGGAGCCGUUCCAGGUCUCCCGGCUUCCGCCACGGCAGGCGCAGGCAUGGUCGAUACAGACGUUCGGCAUCUAGGUACUCCCGUUCACGGUCGAGGAGCACGUCGAGAAGCCGUCCGCACAGAUCACACAGGUCCAAAUCCGACAGGGAUAAGAAGUCGGAGACGCCCCGGAAAUCACCGGAUGAUAAACCACUAUUAGAUGCGGAUAUCAACGAGGUGGACAUGAAAAUCGAGGAGGAAGAGGAGGAGGAGGAGGAAGAGGACCAGGUUAAGUGCGUCUUCAAAAACGACGGGUCCUUCUUGGAGAUGUUUAAAAAGAUGCAGGAACAGCAGAAGGCUCAGGAGAGCGUCGCCUCGGCCGAGGAAAAGAAACCGGCCAUUCCGGCGUUCGGAAAACGCCGGGGCGGCAAGGUAUUAAAAACGGGGCUAGUUCAGAAAGUGAGGUUGACCACCGAGGAGGAGACUAAUGCCCAGGACGCUUGGUCGGUGUACAUGAAGGAAGUGAGACGGUACAAAGAAGCAUGUUGUGAUGACGAUUCCAAGACGAGGCCGCUCGUCAAAUAGAUUAGUUUCUGUUAGGUUAUUUAGUAUAACGUCUUUUAUAUUGGUUUAAUAGGGAAUCCCGCUCUAUUAGGUGAACUCAAACGAUAUGUAACGUAUUUCUGCACGUGUUAAUUGGAUUGUCCAUUACAGGUUUGGCAUGCCGCCAAGCGAAGUGAUUAUAUUUUGUUAUCUCUCUACCGUGUUAGCUUAGUUUUUAAAUAACAUGAAAAAAAAAUGAAUUUAGAAGCAAACAAUUUUGUUUAUUUUCAUGUUCAAUAAAAACUUAUAUUCAUUUGGAAUUUUAUAAAAAUUACUUAACUAUGUCAAUGAACUUACGGUGUUGGAACCCCGUUUGUAACCUAAUGUACAUAAUAUGUGUUUAGAAAAUUAUAAAUGCUAUAAUUUUCAAAUAAAUAUGUGAAUGUUU